GAGAGUCGCCCUGCGCAUUCCCCGGUCCUGUAUCGGGUUCCUAGGCAACCGUGGAACACACGGAUUAAAUACGAAUGCAAAUCAUUUCGCAACGUGCAGAUAGAGAAGUUAUGUUAGUUAAAUUAUAGUGAAGACCUGCUUGGAAAUUAAAAGUAACAAACAUGGCAACUGGGUCUUUUCCUUUCAUAGAGAACGGCGAUCCUCGACUACAACUAACGUUGGAAAAUAGAAUAAGAAAUAUUUUUGAAACGCAGUUGGAAGAAACCAGACAUUCAGAAAAUGUCAACUACAUACCUGUCUUAACCGAGGCCCCUGGCAAAAUCUUAGAGACAGGGGUGAACACCUUGCAACGGACCCUGGUUCUGAAAAAGCAGGUUGAAUUGGACGAAGUGGACCGGCAGCUAUCAUUGAAACACCAAGAGUUUAAAAUCCUCAUUCAGACUCUGAGUCAGCGAAGCGCUGAACUGCUCCGGAAACACCAGGAGACUAAAGAAAAAGCGAAGAAGUUUGAAAAGUUUGUGGAGGAUAAUGAAGGGAAGCGACGGCGGGCUGUGAAGAAAUACCAAACGGCACGAGAACAAAAUACCCUGAAGAAGCGGGAAAUUGAAGACAUAGUCCAGCAGCUGCUGCAACUUAAAUUCAGGCAACAGGGAUUAAAAGGCAGAGUGGCCAAAUACAAAAUCUACGAGGACUACUUGAUGAAACUGCUGGACUAUCUCCCUGAAAGUUACCUGGACUAUGGGAACGAGUCUCCGAUCAUGCCGCUGAUUCAUCGCCACGAGACGCUGUCGGUCACCAAGCAGGAACUGGAGCAGCGGGGGGGGCAGCUGGUCCAGGAGCUGGAGCAGGGCCAGAGACACCUGGACCUUCAGAAGCAGCAGCGCAAGACGGACCAGCUGAUGAACAACAGGGCCCUGUCUGACCUCCAGGGUCAACUGGACAUGCUAAAAGAGCAGAAAAAGCAGCGGGAAAUGAACCUGCUCAUGGACCAAGGCCACCAGAGAGGCCAGGUGGAAGAAGUGGCGAGCCUGCUCAUUGCGGUCAGGAACCUAGGAGGGCAGUGCCAUUUAAAUACAUACGGACCGCUGGAGGACAUGGACUUGUUAAGAAUGAUGGACAUGGUCCAAGAAUACAUACUAGAGACCAGAGACACGGAGAGGAAAGCCACCAGACUGAUGCAGCAUGGGGGGGGGGCCAGUUGGACGGACUUAGCCGCCGCAUUCAGCCAAGGAGCUGCGCCCGCAGUCAAAAACAGCAGCAGCAAAACACUCAUUAAAAGUCCAAGCAAAUUCAGCCAGAAGAGUGGAAUAUCUAUAGUUCAUUAGACUCUUAUGGAGGGAAUCUAUAAGUUGAGUCGAGUAUUUAGGUUAUUCAGAUAACUUUAUUAAUCAUGGGGUAUUCUGUUUCUAUAACAAUUGCUUUGUUGAAGAUAUACACAAUACAAAUAUUCUAAGUACAAAUGAUGAAACACAAAAGGUAUGGUAAUACAAAUAUGGAAAUGUGUAAAUAAAUACAAAAAAUGUAUAUUAAUUAAGUAAACAUAAAAAAUAAAAAAUAAACUAUAUUAUGUGCACCUUUAGCUCCACAACCCCCCUUCAUACUUAUACCUAUCAUGCUGAUUUUUUUGAUAUAAUUUCUCCCAAAUUUCCCUACUCUGUCACACUUGAUGCAAGGACAAUCAUUUAUAUCUCCCCCUUAAUUUGCAAACUUUUAUGGAAUGACAAAACUCAAUUUAAAGUAAUGCUGUUCAUCACUUUUUACAAAUAACAUUGAAUGUUCUCCACAUACACAAACAUCUCAAUCAAAAAAUCGGUUUGAAAAUAACAAUUCUCUCGAAAGACUAUUCUUCCCAAACCUUCCCGAAAAUAAUUAAACCUUUACUCAAUCGAUAGCACCCAAACAUCCACACAAUCACCAAGAAUUAGACUUUUAAACCAAGAACACGUUAGCAACCAUCUAGAACUAGAGCAACCUGGAAGGUCCUAGGACCACUACAUAGAACAACCAACUAGCCAGAACACCCUAGCAACCCUCAAAAACACCCAAGAAGCCACCAUAAACCUACAGCACUACUUCAACCUACUCAACAUUUCCAAUAUACAAGGUAGUAACAUCGCUUUCAGCUAGCUAGCUGAAGACCAAAAUGUAUUGCUAUACCUAUAUUUGUAGGAGCACAUCUAGUUUAUAUUUUUGUAGUAUGUAAAAUAAUGUUUAUUCAUUUAUUUUAAACAUUAAUUUAACAUUCUAACAUCCGUGUACGUUUAUUGAUCAACAAUGAACAUCUUAAUGUAAACAUG